AUGGCUUCUUUGAUCGAGGUCAAUUCACACUCAUCCCAAUCCUCGCCCAGGUCUAAACCUUCCCUGACACUAGACCUCUCCAAUCUACCACCUCUCUCACGACCAAGCCCGCCUAGCAACACGCUCAUCAUAACCGAACUCCAUAACCUCCGCGUCUUCCAACCCGCUUCCCUAGCUGCCAUCCGCGAGAGAAUCACCUCCAUCGCCGCGCUAAACUCCUUCUCGCCCCUCCCCAGCUUCCGACGGAUCGUCUGCUCAUUUCUGAAUGUUGAAGACGCCGUUAAAGUCCGACAACUCCUCGAAUCAACAAAGACGGUUUUCGACGAAUGCGGGGUUCGCGCUCGUAUCUAUUUCGGUGAACCGACGCCCAUUGAGAAUACGGAAGACGCCAAGAGGAAGAAGCUACUCGAAGCGCCGCAGUCGCAAAAGAUGUUUUUUAUUAGCCCGCCCCCCAGUCCGCCGCAUGGAUGGGUGAUGCGCAAUGAGGAGCCACCUAACAAAGAGGUCCACGCUAGUGAUUUGGCUGAUGCGCUUGCCCGGCUGGGCACGGCUGGACAGCAGCAAUCUGAGAGCGACCCCCUUUCACCUGUUUCGGUGGCAUCUUCGUCAGAGGGUGCCCAAAGGGAAACCACUCCUAGCAUUGCGCGCAACAAUGGGUCGUGGCCUUCCUCUGCCGAGGGCACUAGACGCAGUCGCUCAAGCACACUCAUCUACCACCCAAAUGAUCAUGGUGGAUCGCCAAAUCUUCCCGCUGUGAUGGUGGAGGAUACAUCGAUUGUUGAAGAUAUCGAUGAUGAUGAACUCAUGAUCGGCUCUUCGGAGAAAGAGGGCAAGAAGAUUUUUGCGCAUACUGCUAGACCACCUGUUGAAUUGAUGCAUUGA